UAAUGUACCGUACCUGCUUAAUUCUAGGUAUAUCACUAUUUCUUUUAGGUGAAACCUGCUCUAAUAAUGUAUCCUCAUUUCAAGGAUGUCUGAGUAAUGUUCAGAAAAGUUCAUUUUUUGAGCCAUGUCUAUCGAAAAAUAAAGAAAAAUCUUCUUCUCGAUUGUUCUGUACCAGUAAACGAGAGCAUUCAGUAAAGCAUUCCAAGCCAGACAAAGAAAAAUGUGAAAUCACGGAAAAACAAGCAAUUCUUGAUAAAGACAUUCCCGAAAUUUUGUUGCAUGAGGACACCGACUCUGUAUUUGAAAAAGUUUCUGAUUUAUCCAAACAACCAUCAUAUGGACAUGUUAAUAAAACCCAAAGUACAUCAUCGAAUACGUCAAAGGUUUCCAACACAAAAAUUAAUAUUGGGAAAUCCAAUGAUAUUGGUUCAUCUAGAAAAUCUACUAAAGUAAUAAGUGAUAGAAGAACUAGUCACCACUCUGGUAAUCUUCUGAAACACACAGAGCACCAUGUUCAAAAUGGUACUGAUGAUGGUUUGAAUACCCAUAAUGAAUCGCAAUUAAAUCCACAUGAACGAAGUUAUUCAAGAAGAUCCAACAAACAUUCGAGCAGCGUAUCAAAAAGUGGAAACAUGGUACAUGAUUCUGAUCACAAAUACAUUCAUAGUAAAUACAGAAGCACUGACGAAAGAUCUUCUUAUAGUAAAUAUAAAGAUGAAAGACACAGGUCUCCUCUCGGUGGGCGAAGAGAGUGUCGUUCUACUAGUAGACAUGAUCGAGAAAACAGGUCUGACAGACGUGAGUCCAUGAGCCGAUCACACCGAGAACGCUCUAGAACGAAGUCAUCGGAAAUGUGUCAGUCUGGAUACAGGAAUUAUAAGUCAUCUAGUAGCAGAGAAGAUUAUAGAAGAAGAUCAAGAGAAGAUAACCAUUAUAGAGAAAAAUCACAUUAUUCUGAGAGGAGUAGAAGGUGUGAUGACAGAGACAGGCGGUCACCAAAACGAAGAAGAAUUGAUGGGAAAGCUUGUGAUAGGAUUUCUGUAGAUCAUCGUGAACAUGAAAGAAAGCAAGACCUUCGAAACCAAUCUCCAAAUAUUAUUGACUGGAAUAUGUUACUUCAAGAACAUGUCAAACAACAGCAGAAGUCUGAUAACAAAAAAGAACCGGAAAGCAUAAUAGCUUCACCAGCUAAGAAGAAGAAACCAAGACGUGUUGCUCUCGAAAGAGUUGAAAUGCCUGAAUCAGAAAAACCUGUCGAAGAAAACAAUGACAAAUUGGUUUCUCCACUGUCUCGAUAUUUAUGGAUGAACAGUUUAAAAAGUUGUCAAGAACGAAGAAAGAAACGUGCAAGGUGGUCAUCAGAAGUGAGUGAGUUGGAAACAUCAGCAGAUGACACAGCUAAUCAGGGUCUAACCAGCGAAGACAACAUCAUGAGUACUGGAGCCGCAAGUGGCCAAAAGCAAGUUGCCGAAGUUACAUUAAAUAAAAGUCAACAUCAUGCUGAUUCAGGAACAAAUUGCAACAAGACAUCAAAGUUUCCACAUAAACCUAAAUCUACCUCAAGAAAAAUGACGGAUCGAGCAUCGGCGACCGGUUCAGAAGUUCAACCCGAUUCAGAAGACUUGUCAGUGACUAUUCCAGAUAUGUCAACAUCAUCAUGGCAACUCAGUGAAGAAUCGAGAUGUCGAUUCUAUUCAUUCGCUAAAGUAAUUCAAGUAUUAAGUCCGCUGAAACCGUCACCAGAAAAAAUAAGCUUCUCUGAAAAAAAUGCAAGCCGGAAAAGGAAGAAAAUACGAAGAAAAGUUCUUCAAUCACCAUAAAUGUUUAUUUAUAUUUAUGUUUCAUAUAUUUUUGUAUGAUGCAGUGAAAUAUGUCUUUUGAUGGAGUUACUGAUCUUUUUCAAUUUUCUCGAAUACUUGAGGGGUAAACCAUUUGCUUCGAAAGCAUCAGAUUCAGAAUAGAUAUUUAUUGUAUUUAUAAUAGGAGACUGGAGAAUAAUUAAUGAAACCAUUGUCCUAUAUUUGGUUACUAGUCUGGGUGUGGGACCUAGCAAGUUAAUGCUACAGAUUGCUGAGUACUUCGUCACCAUAAUUCGUACAGGGGUACAGAAUUCCACUUGACCAUAAUCAUCACUAAGGAAAUUUGAACCUAUUAACCCCUGCAUAGUAAUUAGCAUUGCGUUGCGAGAGUGUUGUUAAUGCUUAGUUCAAUGCACAAUUUUUUUUCAUAUAUAUAUAUAUAUAUAGCUUACACACUCUUUUCAUGUAGUUUAAAAUGACACUUUGAUUACACAUUGAUUGCGCCUUAUUUCAGUGCUCUUCAAACUUUUUUCAUUAUAACCCACUUGACGCGGCCACAUUUUCUCGUGACCCCCAGAAAAUGAAAUAAAAAUGUAAAGUAAAAUGUAAUAAUGCAGAAAAUAUUAAAUUGAAAUAAUAAAAUUGACAAUACCUUCAAUGAGACCGUUACAAUUGCAUAUUCCAGCAAAAGAUUGAAACUUGGCUCUAUUUCAGUGAUUGUGAGUAUCUGUACUGGUUCCAAGUCUUUCAAAUUUGAUUAGUAUUUUGUUUUGACACAAGUGAGUGUCAAAAAAGAUUUUCCGCGAACCUCAUUGAGCCCUUUCGGGACCCCCAGUUUGAAGAGCCCUGCUUCAUUUCAUCAGUUGUAUGAACAUUGCCAGAAACUAUGAUUAUUAUUCAUAUUUUUUAUGUCACUUUUGUGCUGUUUUUUGUCCCCAUUUAUCAUUCAUUUUUCUGCCUAUCAUUUUGUAAAGUUCGAAUUCUGCUGUAACUUUUGUGAUAUUCUUAUUAAAAAUCUGAACCUUUUUUA